UAAGAUUGAAGAAGAAUCGGAAACUGGAAGCAAAGUUCAGUCAAUGAUACGAGUUCCUUUGCAGGUGUCAUCAUUUGUAACUUCACUUCUCUUUAGUGUUUGUCAAGAAUUGAAUCGAAUUGGUGGCCAUGCUCUUGAUAAGAAAUUACUACAAGAACUUAUCGAUGAAUUAUCCAAUGGCGUACUAAUUCUUUAUGAACGACUCGGAGAAGAGCACGAAUCGAGCUUAUCCCAAAACCGUGCACUUCAGUAUCUAUUUGACUUCAAAUUCGUCAUGUCGAUAUUUGCUGGAAGAUCAGAGGA